CAUCGAAAAACAAAUGAAAGCCUAGGUAGAAAUUUAUAUUAGACGCAAAAAUAUCCAAAUAGCCUAUUUCUUUAAGUUCAAUUCGAUAUCCCUACGUUAUCCUCAAAAUGAACGUUAGGGCAUUUAUAUCGAAGAACCUUUUGGCAAUAGUGAUGGUACCAGCUAUCAUUGGCAGUCACUACACCUGGUACAAGCUUCAGCAGGACGAUAGACUUGUAUCUAAGGAGGAACGGGACAAAAUUCCAAUAUUUACACAUUUUUUUUAGACUUUUUUUUCUUUUUUUAUAGUUCUUCAAGAAACUGGGUAGUCUUGGUGGCAACAGCGAGUGACGACCAGUGCAGAAGUCUGUAAAUAUGUAAUAUACUAUUGGGAGUCGAGUGAUGCUUUUAGAAAUAAGUUAUUUAGUAAAUUUUUAGUGCUGAUUUGUAUUGUCUAAGAUUGUUAUUAAAAUUUAGUAAAAGAUAAA